GCUUCCGGGUUUAUCCUGCAGGAGUCUCCGCCGCCGAAGUCAGGAUGAGCGGAGGAGGGAAAGCUCGGGAGGCGCCCGCGGGAGCUGGAGAAGGUGCGGCCGCCAUCCUGCUGCGUUAUCUUCAGGAGCAGAAUCGGCCUCACAGUGCUCAGGAUGCGUUUGGCAACUUACAACGAGAGCACGGCCUGGGCAAGACGGCUGUAGUGAAGGCACUGGAACAGUUGGCUCAACAAGGGAAGAUCAAAGAGAAGGUGUAUGGGAAGCAAAAAAUUUAUUUUCCAGACCAGGAUCGGUUUGGUAAUGUGAGUGACUCAGAACUUAAAGGCUUGGACAAUGAGAUUUCGGAACUGUCCUGCAAAGUGCAGACUCUCCAACAGAACUGUCGUCAGAUGGAGUCAGAACUGAAAGAAUUGAAGGGCUCUAUGACAACACCAGAAAUGGUUAAGGAGAUUGAAGAGUUAAAAAAAGAUUGUGCCAAUUAUACAGAGAAACUGGAGCGAAUUAAAUCUGCUGCCAAUCAUGUGACCCCUGAAGAGAAAGAAAAGGUGUACAGUGAGAAGAAGCUAUAUUGCAGGGAAUGGCGCCGCCGGAAGAGAAUGGCAACGGAGUUACUUGAUGCAAUCCUGGAAGGCUACCCAAAAAGCAAGAAGCAGUUCUUUGAGGAAGUUGGCAUUGAGACAGAUGAAGAUUUCAAUGUUACUUUGCCCACCGUCUGAACCAAGGACUCACCCGUUUUAUGAAACAAUCACCUACUUAACACUCAAGUUUCAAUCCUUCAUAUUCUACAUUGCUGUAUAUUUUUGAAAGGUCUUUGCAUUCAAUGGGGAUAAGCUGACCUUCCUUACUGCACUAUUAUUUCUUUUUCCAGCACUCCUCCCUAGUCCUGUCAGGCUGAUUGUGAUUUUGUUUUAAAAGCUGUUAGCCUCCCUACACAGGAUUACCAAUAAGCACUUCAGAAAAUUGGGGUGGAGAGCACACAAUAAAUACUUGAAUUAC